GCCGCGAUGCCCAACUUCUCAGGCAGCUGGAAGAUGAAGAGCUCGGAGAACUUCGAGGAGCUGCUCAAGGCGCUGGGCGUCAACGUGAUGCUGCGCAAGAUCGCCGUGGCUGCCGCCUCCAAGCCGGCCGUGGAGAUCAAGCAGGACGGCGAGUCUUUCUACAUCAAGACCUCGACCACGGUGCGCACCACCGAGAUCAACUUCAAGAUCGGGGAGGAGUUUGAGGAGCAGACGGUGGACGGGCGACCCUGCAAGAGCCUGGCCAAGUGGGAGAGCGGCAACAAGAUGGUGUGCGAGCAGAGGCUGCUGAAGGGGGACGGACCCAAGACCGGCUGGUCCAGGGAGUUGACCAACGACGGGGAGCUCAUCUUGACCAUGACGGCCGAUGACGUCGUCUGCACGAGGAUUUACAUCCGGGAGUGAGAGGCCUGCUUGUGGGGGG